UCUUCAAGUUUCAUAUGCAUGCAAAAACAACUUCUCUAAACUCAUUUCCAUUAAAUCAACAUUUUCCGUGUUGGAAACGUGCCGCAAACUUGACGUUUUGGGCGGAACUUCAUUUUUAACAUGGAAAAUUCUAAAAUAACACUAUUUCGAUGUGUUUGUGUUUAAGUAUUUUGUUUUCUGUAUCUGUAUCCGUGCUAUAUGAUGAAGGGGUUCUGGCUUGAGCGCUUAGGUUCAGCCAUGAGGACUAUAAUAGCCUGCACCAUUAUUGGAUGGACCACCCUCUAUGGUCCAAAACCAAUGAACCAUUUCCUAGCAUACCCAGCUUUUUCUUAUUUAACAACAAUCCUAAUUGUUUCUGAUGCCACACUUGGUGACUCUCUUAGAGGUAUUUGCUUUGCUUUUUAUGCUACCAUUCAAGUAAUGAUCCUUUCAAUUCUCACCUUAUGGCUGAUCGGACCGGCCAAGUUCAACAGUGGUCUCGCUGCCGUCGCGGUGGCUGCAACAUCCUUUGCGGUGGCGUUGCCGAAGUCGACACCAUUGUUAGCUAAAAGGAUUGCAUUUGGUCAAAUUGUGAUAGUGUAUGUAGGAACAGUUAAUUAUGGUGCAGGAACUGGAAUAGUUAUGCACCCACUUCAUGUGGCUUCAAGUACUGCCUUGGGGGCUUUUGCUGCUGUUUUGGCUAUGCUGCUUCCAUUUCCUAAACUAGCUUAUUUUCAGGUCAGAAAAGCAAGCAGAUUAUAUGUUGAGAAUGCUUCAGAAAGAUUAAAUCUCUUGAUAGACGCUUUCACUGCCCAAGACAACGAAGCUGCAAGUGACUCGAUUUCUAUAGCAAAGUUCUUAGCCACAAAAGGAAUCAAGCAUCUUCAAAAGAUUAAAGAUGCUGAAGGAUGUAUUGUCUGGGAGAAGCCUAAGCUCGGGUUCUUGAAAUCUAACUGCACGGAACCAAGAGUAGUUUUUCAAGAUCAAGAAAUGAUGAUAAAAGGGAUGGAAAUAGCUCUGACUUCUUCGCAUGUGUUUCCUGUCUACUUGAUCAAUGAGGAGCUUAGAGAAGCAUUAAUGAGUAUGAAAGGUAAAAUCAGCCUAAACCUAAAGCUAGCAAAAUGUUUGGUGCCUUUUAAUGCUACAACAGUUUCAGAAAGAAAGGAAAUUAUAGACAAACUCCUCUCAGCUACCAGGAAUAUCGCCACAACCCACGAGGAACUGCCAGCAUUUUUCUUCUUGUAUUGUGUACAACUUCUUCACGGGGAAUUGGCAAUAGUUCGACAUCCAGAAUCUAUCAAUACACGGAACAUAAGUUGUGAAUGUAUAAAAGAUGAAGAAAAGGGUAAUCUUAGAAGAACUUGGACUGGCAUGAUAUUGAAACUAAUCUGGAAAAGAUGGACUUUCGCAAUUAAGUGUUCACUUUCUUUGGGUUUUGCCGUACUAUUUGGUCUGAUAUUCAACAAAGAAAAUGGCUAUUGGUCAGGAUUAACCAUUGCCAUCAGCUUUGUAACAGGACGACAAGCUACAUUUACAUUAGCAAAUGCUAGAGCACAAGCAACAGCUAUGGGAUCAGUAUACGGAAUCUUGUGUUCUUUCAUUCUUCAAAAAAAUUUGGACUUCAGGGUUGUGUUCCUUCUCCCUUGGAUCAUUUUCACUAGCUUUCUAAGACAUAGCAGAAUGUAUGGCCAAGCUGGUGGAAUUUCAGCUGUCAUAGGGGCAUUAUUAAUCUUGGGAAGGAAAAAUUACAGCUCUCCAAGUGAAUUUGCAAUUGCAAGAAUCACAGAGGCCUGUAUUGGCCUAAUCUGCUUUGUCAUGGUAGAGAUUCUAUUUCAACCAGCAAGAGCAGCUACUCUAGCAAAAACCCAACUUACUUGUUGUCUAAAAGCACUCCAAUAUUGCAUUCGGGAUAUUGUUCAUUUUGCAGGCAGCAAGAGCAUGUGCACGUCAGUUCCUCCAGCUUUGCGAGGAAAGCUGAAGAAGCUGAAAUUCCACAUCAGCCGAAUGGAGAAAUUCUUCGCUGAGGCUGCAUUAGAGCCUAAUUUUUGGUUCUUGCCUUUUCAAACUUCAAGUUAUGAAAAGCUCCUCAGAUCUUUACAAAAGAUGCAGGAUCUCUUACUAUAUGCAGCAGACACUGUUGAAAUUCUCUCAGAACUAGCAGAGAAGCUAGAGCUAAAUUGGAAGGAGCUAGGAGAACAUCUUAAAGAUGAUUUAGAUCAUUUUCAGGCAAAAGCUUACACUUCGCUAAGAUGCCCUCAAGAGGUGAUUUAUUUCAAGUCCCUUGCAGUACUAGAAAACAAGUGGCAGAAGAAAACCAUGACUCAAGACAUUGAAUCUGGAAAACAGCAAAAUAGGGACGCAUCUAGAAAUCAGGGUCCAGAUGAAGAUGAAGUUUCAAAAGUUGUGAGUUCUCUACUCAUAAAUUCAACACAAGUAGUUACUAGGAUCAAUGCCUCCGAGGGUGAGCAAAAACAUAAAAGUCAGAUGAUUCUUUGCUUAAGUGGCUUCCAGUUCUGCAUCAGUAAUUUGCUGAAAGAGACAACGGAAGUCGAGAAAGAGCUAAAAGAACUACUUAUAAUGGAGAAUCCUAAAAUGCAUAUUCAUUUAUAUGAAAUUUCAAGUAAAAUAACUGCUAUGCGUACAAAAUAAACCAGUUCCCUCCAACCACAUAACCAAUUUGUACACAAUAAUCACGCAAAAGAGUGUUACUACUGUUAUCAAUAUUUGAGAGGGAUUCACGCAACAUAGUUAAGACAUUACACACA